AUGACCACUCUUCGGGUGCUGCUGCACAUAGCCGCUCAGCGUGAGUACGAGCUUCACUCUCUUGACUUCAGCACAGCUUUCUUGCAGGGCAGCCUGCACGAGGAGAUCUGGCUGCGCCGCCCGCCUGGCUUCACUGGGUCGUUUCCUCCUGGUACCCAGUGGAGCCUCCGGCGGCCAGUCUACGGUCUCCGCCAGGCGCCCCGUGAGUGGCACGACACACUGAGGACUACACUUGCGGCUCUUUGGUUUGCUCCUUCUACAGCCAACCCGUCGCUCUUUCUGCGCACCGACACCUCUUUGCCGCCGUUCUACAUCCUCGUGUACGUCGACGACUUGGUCUUUGCCACUGCUGACACUGCUGGACUCGCCCACGUGAAGUCCGAGCUGCAGAAGAGACACACGUGCACAGACCUGGGUGAACUGCGCAGCUACCUUGGCUUGCAGAUCACCCGGGACAGAGCACAGCGCACCAUUACUCUGACUCAGUCACACAUGGUGCAGCAGGUCCUUCAGCGCUUCGACUUCACGUACUCCUUGCCUCAGGCCACUCCUCUGUCUACUCGCCACUCGCUCUCAGCUCUGCCUUCAGAUGACUGGGAGGCUGAGAUCUACGCGGGGGCCAUGGCUGCACAGGAGCUACGCUGGCUCACCUACCUGCUGACUGACCUAGGAGAGCCGCCUCGUUCUCCUCCAGUUCUGUACGUAGACAACAAGGCCAUGCUGGCCUUGUGUCGGGAGCACAGACUGGAGCACAGAACGAAGCACAUUGCUCUUCGCUACUUCCUUGCUCGUGAGCUGCAGCAGCGUGGUCAGCUGUGCCUUGCUUACGUGGCCUCUGAGGCCAGCAGUUCUGAUAUCUUUACCAAGGCACUUCCACCUGGUGAUCAUUAG